CUUGGAAGUCUAGUGGUUUGUUGAGUAGUUUGUUGGAGGAGAGGCCACGGGGAUUUGAUCAUUGGAAAAUGUCACGCGGGACUGUUUGAGCCGGUGAUUCACGUGCAGGUGGUUCAAUCAACAGUGUUCAUAGUGUUCACGUGCAUUACUUUGGCCAGUUGGACUGCUCUCGUUCUUCAGUUCGCCUUAUUCGUUCUGGCCGAGCCGUGCAUUGCACUGGGUCUAGGACAGCAGAACCAACAACGCUUGAAAACAUCUCAAAAAACAAGCAGCUGCACCGGAAGCAAGACCUGUAAAAACUGAAUACCAGGCUUUUCAUUUCAGGUCUCUUGCAGAGCUUAGGGACCCUCAAGUGGGUCACUUUGAAGUUUGGACAUAAUCAUUGGUUGCUGCUCGUCAAGAUGCUAAUGCCUGCUUGGCUCGAGUGAUUGGAACAUGUUGUAGUUUCUGAGAUAUCAAAUUGAGCGAUGGGGACCCACAUGGAGCCUGACACCAAUGAUGUUGUCAUGGACGUUCGUGUGGCAUUUGAUUCGAUUAUGUCCCUUGACCUAGCAAAUCAACAGUUUGGAGCAGACCUUUGGAUUUCACUCACGACACCAAAGUGCCCAACGAAGUGCCAGAGUUUCAAAUGUGGAAGGUGCAAGCAGAUCAAAGAGCUCUUGGAACCUUUCCAAAAAAAAGCAGACGGUGGUCGUGGUGACCGCUGGAUCGCCAGCCAAAACAUGGUGGACAUCGAAGAUGCAUCACUUACACACCCAGCCGUGUCCUACAAGGAGAGCGACGAUUCCUUUCGUUUGUCAUGGAGAUUUUUAGGCAAAUUCGGAGAGGCGUGGGAACUCAAGAACUUCCCCUUCGAUAGCCAAGACUUUACCGUGUCAAUGAUGAUCCGGUAUCCCUACAAGGAUGGCAGCAUGAAGAUGCGUUUUGCCUGUGGCAAAAAUGGAAAGGUCAUCCGGCCCAAAGCCUUCACCAUCCUUCAAAACUCGUGGAAAAGUCCAAAAGAUGAAGAUGAUCGGCUGCAUGUGUGGGAAGAAGACACAGAGCAGUCCUAUGUGCAGGAUGGAGUUCUGCGUCACACAUUGAACGUCACUGUGCAAAUGGGGCGGACACCAUGGCAUUAUGUGUCCAACAUUGUGUUUCCACUCUUUUUGAUUGUUUGUAUGAGCGCCUCUUCAAUCGUCAUCCCCCCUGAGAAACUCUCGGAUCGUUUGUCAGCUUCCCUGACGCUGGUGCUCGCAGCAGUUGCUUAUAAAUAUGUAGUGGCACAGAUGGUACCUCCGAUCGGCUACAGCACUUGGCUAGAUCACUACGUCACGAUGUGCUUCAUUUUCCUUUUCCUGGUGGUUCUGGAGAACUGUGUGGCAGCUUUAUGCCAUUCCCAGCAUGAUCAAGAGAUGCUGCUGGCCGGAUCGAUCUUGUUCGGCUGCUUUGGGCUGUGCAAUAUCGUCUUUGCUAUCAGGGCCUGUUGGGCAAUGAACCAUCCCAGCAGAAUUUCCCGGAAGAUUAAGAAGACACAACCUGUCGGUAGGUUCCUUCCCUGCUUCAAUGAUGUUCAGUCUGAAGCUGAAAGAGAGUUUUGUGGAGAGUGCCUGGACACCUGUGGCCGCUCCUACGAUCUUGUUCCCGCUGAAGAUUCUGAGUCUGCAAGUUCUUCAUGAUGAGCUGACUGAGCAUGCUCACCGUUUCUAGAACAGAAUUCGCUGCAGGACCUGAGACUUUCAAGAUAGACUCUCUUGAUUUGUGAGGAUCGGGCACUUUGCACUGAGUGCAUUCCUUAACAACAAUUCAAAAUGAAGGCAACCAGAGACUGGAG